AUGGCCCCGUACCCAGAAGAUUACCAAGUCAAAGAGAUUGCCAUCGCUCUGCAUGCAGGAGUGACUGCAGUCUUGAAGGCCUCACUGUCUUCAUCACCGUACAGCUUUUCGGUCAGCCUAGAGACAAGCCAACACGCGGACGUUCCGUUUCGUUUCACAACUUGUCUGCAUGACAGAACUCUUUUGCUCCACAGACGACGACACUGCAUCUGGGAGAAAGCCGGACCUCUGUUAUCACAGCCGUUUCCUUUCUCGUCUGAUAAAUCGUUUCAACUUCAAAUUCGGCUUUCACCAAGCGGCGGUCAGACACUCGAAAUUUCAGUAGACAAAGUUAGUUUGGCGACCGUUGAUAUUGAAAGAGAAUCGGUGAGAAGGAUUAACAAACUGAGAGUUGUUGACGUUCCCAAUCUUGAUGGACUACUGUCACUCUCGGAUGUUAGUCUUGCUGUAGAGACAGACGAUCUAGAUAUCGAAGAAAGAUUUCGAACUGUCACGGCUGUUCAUAACGCUGGGAUGCAACACCAAGUCGAAGUCGUGCGAUCAGAGUUAGAUUACAUUCGGUCAAGUUCAUUAGAAGUACAAGCAUCACAAAGGGUGCAACAGCCAAGACUUCUAGGCUUGCGACAGGUGCCAGUAGACUUAAGUAAUGAAUCUACACUUCUACACAAUGGAAGCAGUUGUGGUUUGAUAUCCUUUCAAUCAGGAAUUGUGAUUGAUUUGGUCUCGUUAUCGUCGGGGUGCUACCUGAGAAUGCACGAUGAUGGUAGUGUGGAUGCACGCGGUGGUAGUGAGCUUGAAGCUGUAUUUAUGGUCAUUGGUCGAGACGAUUCCGGUGUAUUUGCUCUUCAAAACUGCAAAUUUCCUCAGCACUGGCUGGCAAUAAAGGAUGGCAUUGUAACACACGCUAAUGAUGAAAGGUGUUGUGAUUUUAAAGUACGUGAAGCUGCCGGUUUUCAUGUCACAUUGGAGUCUGUUAUACAUCCGGGUAUCUUCAUCUCGGUUCUUCCAAAUGGAGAUGUGAGACCAACGAGGGGAGGUCGUGAUUCUCUCUUUAGACCAGCAACGGUAUUCGUGUGAUCUUUAACCUUGCAAGAGUUAAAGUUGCAUGAAGGCAUUGUACUCAGUCAGCGACUAGAUCUUUGAGUGCCUUACUGACAAAGCUAUAAAGAACAAGACUUUAUGUCGCUACUAUACUAAACUACUUAAUUAAGGCAGGAGAGCUUGAGUUGAUAUCUUUCUUGUCAUGUACAUAGCAUUACAUCAACAACAAAUGAAAAUGUGAAGUUGAUGAUAAUAGUGUAUUACCUCACAUUUAACGGCAGGUUUCUUGUUAGAACAUUUUGAUACUAUGUGCUUUAGUAUCAUGUGGG